UCGUGAGAUCCUUUGUAGUUUUGUUUUUCACAAAGUCUACGUGAGAACAAGAAUACUGGUGCGCUAUUCUAAAAAUAAACUCUAAAUAUUACGUACCUAUUGACAUUCGUACUCAGGAAUUGAACUACUUGCUUUAAUUUAAUAAUUUUUAUUCUGCUUAAGUAAUUCUGGAAAAUGGCUCCAAAUAUACAAACGUUUAUAAAUUCCUUCCAAAAUCGCUUGGAGCCCCCAGUUCGUCAACAUCUUAAAAAUGUCUAUGGUACUUUGAUGAUGACUUGCACUGCUGCAUCAGUUGGUGUUUAUGUAGACAUGUUCACAAGAUUCCAAGCAGGAUUUUUGUCAGCUAUUGUGGGAGCAGGUCUAAUGUUGAUGUUGCUUGCCACCCCAGAUGAUGGUAAAAACACAAAAUUGCGUUUGGGAUACUUGACUGGAUUUGGUUUAACCUCAGGUAUGAGCUUGGGACCCCUUCUAGAGUAUGUUAGUGCUGUUGACCCAUCAAUAAUUGUAACAGCCCUGUUGGGAACAACUCUGGUAUUUGUAUGCUUCUCAAUUGCUGCAAUGUUAGCUGAGCGUGGCAGUUGGUUAUUCUUGGGAGGAACUCUGAUGACAUUAUUUUCAUCAAUGUUUGUCAUGUCUCUUGCUAAUAUAUUCCUGCAGUCUCAGUUUAUCUACCAAGCUCAUCUUUACCUUGGUCUUGUGCUCAUGUGUGGAUUUGUCUUAUUUGACACACAACUGAUUAUCGAGAAACGUCGCAUGGGCAGCAAGGACUUUGUGCAACAUGCCCUGGAGCUGUUUAUUGAUUUCAUUGGAAUGUUUAGACGUCUUGUCAUCAUUUUGACACAAAAGGAGGAGCAAAACCGUCGCCGCAAACGUGAUUAAAUAUCGCUCAAGAGAAAUUUAUAUAGCAUUUGGUAAAAUGUGGGUGUUUUAAAUAAUAAUUUUAUUUAUCUUGUUCUAAAUUACUUGCAUUAUCAAUAAAGAGUAAAACCAUUAAGUUUAAA